GUUAGUGUGUUGGUUCAGUGUGUUAGUGUUGUUAGUGUUGGUUCAGAGUGUUAGUGUUGUUAGUGUUAUUAGUGUUGUAGUAAUUCUGCUGCUGAGCAGUUAUGAUGUUCAUCAGAGAGGAGACCAUUCACAUUCUGAAGCAGUUUGACACCGGGGACAAGUUCUCCUCUCUGCCGGUACCGACCGGAUCCAGAGCCUCCAGAACCUCCUCGGAACCAUCCGGAUCCCCGGUACCGACCAGACCCAGAGCGUCGGUUCUGAUUCCUCUGCUGGUGAAGAACGGAGAGCUGUUCACCUUGAUGACGCUGCGAUCAACUCAGCUGAGGACCAGUGCUGGUGAGGUGUGUUUCCCGGGUGGGAAGAGAGACCCGAGUGACGGAGACGACGUGGACACGGCCCUGAGAGAGGCGGAGGAGGAGAUCGGUCUCCCAGCUGGUGAGGUCCAGGUGGUCUGCAGACUGGUCCCCAUCAUCAGUAAGAGCGGUCUGUUGGUGACUCCGGUGGUCGGCUUCAUAGACGAGUCAUUCUGUCCCAGUCCGAACCCGGCCGAGGUCAGUGACGUGUUCACGGUCCCUCUGGACUUCUUCACCAGCGAUAAGGACCACCAUGCUAUCCACGGUGCCGCCGGGACCACGGGGCAGCUGCACUCGUUUCAUUUCGUGGACCCUGAUUCGGGAAGCCGGUACCACAUAUUCGGCCUCACCGCCAUGUUCGCCAUCCUGGUGGCUGCUCUGGCUCUCCGGAAGAAACCCCAGUUUGAUGUUGCGUUUGACCCGGAGGAUCCGUUACUGUUCUUCCAACAGAUCCUACACAGAAGAGCCAGUAAACUGUGACCGGCUGGUGUCCUGAUGUCUGUCGUGUUAGAAGUCUGAUCUGUUAGAACUGCAUUUACAGCAUUAACUGGGAGGGUCAGAGGGACAUGUGGGACUUCACCAGCACGCAGUAUCUCCUUUAAAAGAUUAAUAUAAAACUCUUUAUUAACGAGAGCGUCUUAAAGUUGAAGAAAAGAAGCAAAUGAAGACGUUUCUAUUUUUAUUAAUUCAUUUAAUGUAGCAGCAGGAUUACAGAUAUAAACAGAAGAGUAUACAAAUGUCCAGACCAAGGCAAAGUACAUGUUAAUAAUAGUUCAGAUGUAUGAUAACACACUGGGGUUGACCUUUAUCCCCACUGCAGGGUCUUAAGGCUAGAUACUAAAGCUCAAGCUACACAGAACGGAUACAACAGAACCGUUGGAGGAUGUGAAAUAGAAAGCGAACUAGGAAAAGUGAGCAAACUGAUUACACACAAGACACGGCUCACACUAUUGGCAAUUAACAGUUAAUUUGUCAUGGUAGCUCCUUUAGACUUUAGACCAGCGUUUCACAGCAACAAGAGUAAUGUUGACAAGCACAUCAACACAAGAAAGCUCUCCAGACAACUAUCCCACCGUCUCGUCCUUUACCUCACAUGGACAAAUCUCAUGAGGCGUGAAAACACACUUUCAACAGAAAAUAACAAACAGGUUGACAUUGACUGGAGAAGCUGCACGAUAUCCUGAUGAGAGAACUCCCUCUGAUAUCCUGCAAAGACAACAUGUCUACAUAUACUGUGUGUGUACGGCCAUGGUUCUGCUUGUGUUUCCAAAUAAAGAGUCAAUGAGU